AUGGAGUCCACGAAGGACGACGACGUAGACGAGCCCACGAAACAGCAAACGGAGCCGAGUCCACCUGCCGGCGACCAAUCCAUCGUCGGCGCCGCCGAUCUGCUCAGCGGCCUCUGCGACGAUGUGCUCGUGCACAUCCUCGGGCUGGCGAAAGACGCGAAAGACGCGGUGCGCACGGGCGCGCUCUCGCGCCGGUGGCGCGGCCUCUGGCGACGCGUCCCCGCGCUCCGCUUCGCCUCACGCCAAGGGAACGCAAAGGGAUUCAUGGCCUUCGUCGACGACACCCUCGCGCUCCGUGCGCGAUCCGGCGACGGCGGCCUCGAGCAGCUGGAGAUCCGCUUGAACAUGCGGAACGCCGCCUGCCGCAACGAACGACUCGUGCCGCCAUCCAUCGGAGCGGCGGAGAGGUGGAUCCGGUACGCUGUGCGGCACGGGGUGAAGUCUUUCCAAUUCGAGCUGGAUCUGCCCAAAGAAGAUGACGAGGACGAAGACGAAGAGGCGCCCGUGAUGGUUCUUGACGAGCUUCCAAGCUCUGCAAAGCUGGAAGCCAUGUUUUUGGACUUAAGCUACGCCUGGGUCAGUCUCCCUGCCACCGUAGUAUUCGCAUCGCUCACGGAUCUCAAGCUUGAGUUCAUGAAGGUAGCAGGCGACAAUGUCCUCCUCCUUGGCCGCCUCGUGUCGUCUGCGUGCUGCCCAAACCUACGGAAGCUUCACAUGUUCUCCGUUACCCUUGCUGGGCCUGGGCAGCAAAAACUACUGGUCGAGGCCGGUGUACUCAAGGAGCUCUCGCUGGAGGAGAUGGACGGAAUGAGAUCGCUGGAGCUGAGAGCUCCUAGCCUUCGGGUUCUCCGCAUCGAGGAUUGCGACGACCUGGAAUCGCUCGCGGCCUCGGCCCCGAGGCUGGAGAAGCUCUCGUGCCGGGGAAACCCCUUGUUGAUCAUCGAUGGGGACUUCCCCUCCGUGUCCCUCCUCAAGCUUGACUUGAAGUCGCAUGGGCACGCCUAUGGCGAUGACAGUAACUAUGGCAGAAUUAAACUCCUCCAGCGCUGUCGCUCGGCCAGCCGCCUGUCUAUUGAUUUUGAUGCUUCAAUGGUAUGCACCUAG